CAACACCAGGAACAAAGGGCUGCAGAAAAGAUCCCGGGACAACUCACCACAUUCCAUGGUGCCAACGAAGAAGAAGAGACUAAUGGAAAAUCAGCGGAGAGAUGAAGAAGAAGGACCGAGUGGAGACAUACGGGCAGGAGGUAUUUCUAAGUACCUGUAUUUCAUCAAGGAAAACGUGAGCACAUAUUGGAAAGACCUUGCUGGCCAACUUGGAUUCAUUUACACAGACAACAACAACAUUCGUGAUCGAAACAGAGAUGCCAAAUCCAGGUGCCAAGACAUGUUGGAGGAGUGGCAGAAGAACAAUGGGCAUGGUGCCACCAUAGAAGUUCUGAUGUCAGCUUUGAAGGAAGUACAGCUGAUGAAUGUCGUGGAUGGUUUGAAAAGGAGAUACCCAGAACUGCAGGAUGUAUGCUGAUAUGCUGAGUGUCUCCUGGCGACAUAUGCGAAGGAAGUCUGUUGGAAAACAUCAAACAUGGCAUUCAUAUCAUUUUAUACCAAGAAAAUAUAUGUUAAAUUGCUGCUUUCAAGCUUUUUGUUGAAAAAAUAAUACAACUUUUUAGAGCAGGUUUGAUUCUCAGAACUAAUUUAGAGUAAGUGACAGAUAUUCCUAAGUCAUUUUGCUCGAUAAUUCUGUGCGCACUUGCCUCAGCAUUCAGAUAGACAGUAUUUUAAACAAAGUUAUUUGUACAGUACCCUUGCAAACCUUGGUCCAUGGACCAUUGGAACUUUGCUCAACAUUUGUAACUUCAUCUAAGAAGUAAGUCGACCUACAGUUUACAUUCAUCCUCUUUAAAGCCCAAGGUUUGCAAAGGUGACAGAUUUUAAGCCAAAAUGUUUUGAUUAAUUCUCUAUGAACCUAAACACAAUAAUUAUUAUUGUAAUAAGUGCCUUCCCAAUUCACACUGCCUGCAAGCAAGUAACAACAAUUCAGGAACGAUUUAAAAGUUUUGUACUUAAAGUUUUUACAUUGUUCUGGAAAAAUUAGUGUGUUACAAAGUUUAUCUUUUCUACCAAAGUGUAUACAAAUAUUUUCAAGUGAUAUUGUGUUUUUGAUAAAAGUUUGUACUGGUACAGAAAAUCCAGGUCCAGAGGUUCAAGCUAGUGGACAUGUCCAAACCUGAAUAAUCCCAUACCUAAUCUCAUCUUGUAUUGUAAAUGUGACAUAUAUUACAUUCUGUCCACAUUAAAAGUACCAAAAAGUAUACAUUCCUUACUACGAUGUCUUACAAAGUAACUAUUCCCAACUUUUUUUUAUUACCUGUAUGACUGUUAACCUUUAGUU